AUGUAUACCAACUAUGCUAUAGCAUAUUUCCGGAAAGAGCUUGAGGAAAGUAACCAGUACCUUGUGACUCCUCAAGAGCGCGAGAAUAUGGUAGCUCUGGCAUACCGAGCAAACCCAGGGGACCAGAACACUCGUCUCGUUCAGCUCAAAGCUCGGAGAUGUACCUGUCUCGCUUUCCAGGAUCACAAAAUUCCUUUAUAUUGCCAAGUUCUACGAGAUAUCUGA